AUGGUGAAUGUCACCAAUGCCAACGGCAUCACCGGCGCCAACUUCGACGUAUUCGGCACCAAUCGCGUUCUUCCUCGGGCAAUGACAGCAUUCACAGCCAUCGCGUGGUACAACUCGAUUGAGCUCAUCAUCCUCAUCUUCGUCGUAUUCAGACGGUACACUGGUCUAUACUUCUGGAGUUUGAUAGUUAACACGCUCAGCAUUGUGCCGUAUGCGACAGGUAGGCAGAAGCUUCUAGGAGCAUGGAUGAAACAAAACAGCGUUGCGCAUGAUCCUCGCAUUUACAACACCCUACUUACAAUCGGAUGGAUAUUGAUGGUACCCGGACAAUCCAUGGUUCUGUACUCUCGCCUACAUCUGAUAUCGCCGAACCUCAGGCUUCUACAAUUCAUCUUUUGGGUCAUCGUUGUUUCAGCAGUAUGCCUUUGCGUGCCGACCGUAGUCCUGAAUCUACGAUUAUUCACCAAUCACCCUGAACGAUACCUCCGCGGUUACAUGGUCAUGGAGAAAAUACAAAUGACACUCUUCACCAUCCAAGAGAUCUCGAUAUCCUGCAUCUACUUAUGGGAAACCCGCAAGCUAAUGCGCGUCAUCCUCAACGGAAAGGCCAGGAAGUGGAUGUGGCAGCUCGUCGCAAUGAGCAUACUGCUGCUAAUACUGGAUAUCGCGUUGCUUACGACGGAGUUCUUGAAUCUCUACAUGAUACAAACGACCUUCAAAUCACUUGUUUACAGCUUCAAGCUCAAGAUUGAGUUCGCAGUACUCAGCCAAAUCGUGCGCGUCAUCCAAGAUCGUGCGCAUUCUAGCCGCUCGGCCGCAACGCCCCCGGCGGAUUUGGAACGCCAGACCAACGUCCGAAAGCCAACAUCUAGUCAGGUGAGAGGCUACAUCUUUUGUCUCACCAGUCGCGCUGACUAUGGCGAAGGGACAUGA